AUGUCCUCAGGAGUGAUCGCAUCGUUUGAAUAUGCAACCCAACAAAUGGCGAUUUACAUGAAUCUCUCGAAUUUGAUCAUCGGUAUCCCUGGUGGACUUCUGAACAUCAUUGUUUUUCUCAGUUUGAAAACAUUCCGAGAAAGUACAUGUGCAUUCUACUUAGUCAUCGUUUCAUUUGCUAAUCUCGGUCAGCUAAUCAACGGUGCAUUGAUUCGACUGUUAAUCUCUGGCUAUGGAAUUGAUUGGACAAUCUCAUCAAGAUUUUCCUGCAAAUUGCGAAGUUUUCUUAGUCAAUACUUAUCUUUGAUUAGUUUCACCUGUUUAUGCUUAGCAACAAUUGAUCAAUAUUUCGCGACUAGUUCACGUGUCCGCUGGCAGCAAUGGAGUAACAUCAAAGUAGUUCGCAUUCUCAGCAUCAUAACAGUCAUUUUCUGGGCAUUAUUUUCCAUCUUCUAUGCUGUUUAUUAUGAUAUAGUCACAUCGACGAGCACGAACAAAACCGUGUGUACGAAUACCAAUGCUGACUUCGAUCUAUACAAUAGUUAUUUUCAACGAAAUGUUCUCCAAGGGUUUUUGCCAAACCUUCUCACAGCUUUCUUCGCCGUUUUAGCAUAUCUAAAUACGAGAAAUCUCGCUUAUCGCACAGUUCCACUAGUUCGACGAGAACACGACAAGCAAUUGACACAGAUGUUACUCGUUCAAGUGAUUGUCAAUUUCUUCUCUCUUCUCGCUUAUAACAUCAUCAGCAUAGUCAUACCCAAUGUUCUCAAAAGUACAGAUCCUCUCGUCUUAGCCAAAGCAAGAUUUGUACAAAUUCUAAGUUAUUCGUCAUAUUAUUUCUACACUGCGUGGCCGUUUCUGAUCUAUGUUUGUGUCUCGGAAAGAUUUCGUCGACAACUGGCAUAUGUCUUGGUUGUUAAAUAUCUUCAACAUUGUCCGAAAUUUGCAUUUGUCGGCAAUCAAGUCGUACCAGACACAUAA